GGUUGAACCUCAUCGAAGAACCGACAGAGUCUUGCAUAAACUGCAUAACAUGUUUUGUAAUGUUUUUUUUUAUUACAGUUAGCAGUAGUUAGCUAAACACACUCCGAGGCUGUCUUGUGUAAACCAUCUACACAGUAACUACAUCGCUAAGAAAGAUGGCUCAAGUGCCCAAAGUUCGGCUGGCAGGGGGCUUGGAGAUCUGCCGCAUCCUGAACGGCAUGUGGCAGGUAUCAGGUGCUCACGGUCCGGUGGAUCAUCCCAAAGCAGUGCAGGCAAUGCAAGCUUAUAUUGAUGCUGGCCUAACAACUUUUGACAUGGCAGAUAUCUAUGGACCAGCGGAGGAGAUUUUCGGACACUUCAACAGCCAGCUGAAAUCGAAACCCAGCUGUGAUGCUGCACCACCCCUGCAGGGUUUGACCAAAUGGGUGCCACGACCUGGACCAAUGGACCGCAAGGUUGUGGAGAAGGCGCUGCAGCGUUCCAUGGCCCGUAUGCAGGUGGAUUCUCUGGACUGUGUGCAGUUCCACUGGUGGGACUACAGCGAUAAUAGAUACCUGCAAGCCCUGGGGCACCUGUCUGACCUGCAGCAGGAUGGACUCAUACGAGAGCUGGCCCUCACCAACUUUGACACUCAGAGGCUUGAGGAGAUCACAAACAAAGGGAUCAGAAUCUCCAGUAACCAGGUGCAGUACUCUCUGAUUGACCAACGGCCCGCUGCUAAGAUGGAGGCGGUCUGCCUGUCUCACGGCAUCCAGCUCCUCACCUAUGGAACUCUGGCCGGUGGUCUACUCUCAGAGCGCUAUCUGGGGAAGGCGGAGCCUACAAGCAGGGUGGAGCUCAACACUGCCUCCCUCAGUAAAUACAAGAAGGUGAUUGAUGGCUGGGGACGAUGGGGUUUGUUCCAGGAGCUGCUUGUUGUCUUGGACAGUGUUGCCCAGGGCCACAGCUGCUCCAUUGCCAACGUAGCAACCCGCUACAUUCUGGACCGGCCAGCAGUGGCUGGAGUCAUCGUGGGCUGUCGUCUCGGCGUUGCUGGGGCGGAACACAUCAAGGACAGCCUGCACAGCUGCAGCCCAGAGUUGGAGCUCACGGCGCAAGACCUGCGCACCAUCGACGGCGUGCUGCAGCGCUCGCGUGACCUCAUGAGCCUCAUCGGCGAUUGUGGAGACGAGUACAGGAACUAGAGAAGAUGGACCAGAGCAUCUGGGUUAGAGGGAAGUAUAGAUGGGGUACUGGAGGAAGAACAUGUAAAUGUGUGAAUAAAUGUGUGUAUAGAUGAUGGUGGGAAGUUAGAGGAUGGCAGGAGUAGAAGGAAAUGUGGUGGGAAAAGAAGGCAUGGGGGGCUGAAACUGAAAAUGACAGAUGGGAGGGGCAUGAGGGGGAAUGACAGCAUGAACUAUGACAAGGCACACAGAUUUACAGCCUUUUACUUUUAUUUUAAAAAAUAGUGUCAACGUGUGAUAAAUGUUACCCUGUACCCAUAUAAUUAAGAUUGUAAUGUAUAUAGCGUCAUUAUGUCUCUAUGUGUAUGGAAAGGGCUUUUAAGUAAAAUAAGAUAUUGACCUAAAGCAGCUUGUUUAAUUUACAAUACGCACAAUAGUUAUUGAUAUUUUUGUAAAAAUCCUCUUCCUGUACUCUUUCAUGACAUCCCUUCAGACAAGGAGAAAAUAUUUAUUUCUGUUAAUUUUACUCAAAAGAUGGAAAUGUCUGUGUUUGAGGUGGUCUGUGGUGGACCUUUGUUUGCAGUAUGCUGAUGUUGUGUGUGUUUGUUUGAGGAUUACUAGGCUGGAAGAUGUGGGUAGGCCUGUCUGGGGAACAGUGGGAACAGUUUCACUAGGGAAGUAGAUCAUGAUGGAGUCCUCUGAUGUUCCCUGACAGAGCUAGCUGACCGGCUGUUCACUCAAGGGUGUGGAUAUAUGCAAACAGGAAGGGUCAGAGGCAGAUUUGGGGUGGGGGUAGCAGUGAGGGGCAAUUAGAUGAUAGGCUAGAAGAUUGGGGGUGGGUGCCAGCUGGGGGGCAGGAGCAGGGGUAUUACGUUUUGAUUUUCUCCAUCUCUUGUAACCGUGGUAAUGAGGCAUUGAUACUGUACAAGAGACAGAUGCUCUAAUGACCAUGAGGAUUCCCCCAGACUGCCACUAUCGCAGCUGCUGCAACUCACAGGGAGGGUACCCACAGCCUGGGGUUAAAGGUCAGGUACAAGAUCACAUGUAUUCCCCUAUGGGGAAACCCACACUGGGUAGAGUACAGUGAGUACCAUGGACUAUGACAUCCAGUAAAACUACCGUCUCACCAAGGGACUGAGUUUAGCCUGUUUCAGUGUGCCUCAGACUAAAGGCUCGAUUCAAUCAGAUCCACUUUAACCAAUAUCCGCAUUGUUUUGGCAUGUCGGAGGUGGAACUACAUUAGAGUUGUCAAAUCCACAAGUGACUCCUGGAAUUAUACCUACAGUAAAGCAGACAUUGCCUGCAUAGAGCAGCAUUAACAGAAAUCCCAUGCAGCCUUGUUUACAAGUUCAAACAGUGGAAUGUGAGAUGUAAUCUACACGUCCAUUAGGCUGAUAGAAAUCCUCAUUAUUUAGUUGAAUGAUUUUUCAAUUUGAGCGUAAUUAUCUCGUUCUGAACUUCUGUGAGUUGGGCGGGUGUGGCUUAGUGACAAUGAUUUGACGUCUUCAACGCAGUUCCACCUCCUACACCGCCAAAACAUCCGCAUCGCUAUUGUCAGUUAACACUUGAUCUGAUUGAAUCUAGGCCCUAAACACCUUGUUUUCCCCAGCUCAGUGGUCUUCAGGUUAGUGUGACAGCAGCCAUGUGUGGUUGGUGUUAUAUUUCUGUGGUGGGCUACUGUGUAUCUAUCAGCUGUCCUCAUCUUGUUGGAUGACCCUAUGUUUAAAGAGCAUCUCUGUCUGCAGUUUCAUGCACACACAUGCUGAUGUACCCUUGAAUCUUUCAAUAGGCUUUUUAAUUAUUAAAACACAUGAAAUAUGCACAGCA